AUGAGUUCCAGCCCUGAUGAUGUCUAUCAUAUGAUGGACGAAAGCUUAGCUCGUUUCCACCCGAAAGGAGGGAGCAGGUCUCGUGGACUGCGUCAACUUGAACUUCGUGUAAAAGCCAAACGGCUGCAGUACAACGGGAUUCAUCCGUCCUCUUCUGGCGAAUCACCGUUUUGUGGGGGUGCAAAUUAUGGCUGCACACCAUUUGAUCUAACAUUUGUCAAGUACGAUAAAUGGGGUGAUGGGAAAUUGUGCUUAACAGGAUAUAAGGCUCUUUGUGAGACCAUACCAGUUAAGCAAAAGCAAAAUCCAGAGCCAUUUAACUUUUACGUUAUGACCUAUAAUGUUUACGAAAGACCCUGGUUGGUCUCACACGAUGGACAAACUGAAAGGACCUGUCGCAUUACAAGAUGAUUUGACGUUGGAAAUACAGGCAAUUCAUGCUGUUAG